CCCUUCUUUCAAUCUUUCAAUUUUCGCUCGGAAAAUUCAACUCUGCUUCGGUAGCAUUAUCCGCAAAAAGUCUUCCUUCCUUACAGCAUCUUCCCCGGUGGUCCCAUGUGCGCACACGGCACUCCCGCAGUCCCACCUUCAAAAAAGAAACAAAUGUACUCUGUUGUUGUUUCCCUUCCAAAAUCCAGAACUUCAACGAGCCCAAAUGGAGACAUCUUGUUAUGGGCGAGAUGGCAUAUACAGAUCACCUCGCUCUCCUCAGCUUCUACCAGAAGAUCCAAACCUCUCAAUUGUCUCAUUCCUCUUCCGGAACUCCUCCUCUUACUCCGAUAAACCCGCCCUAAUCGAUGCCGACACCGGCCACACCCUCACCUUCUCCCAAUUCAAAUCCACCGUCGCCAAACUCUCCCACGCCUUCCUCCAACUGGGUAUCAAGAAAAACGACAUCGUCCUCAUCUUCGCCCCCAAUUCAAUCCAAUUCCCCAUUUGUUUCUUUGCUAUCAUUGCAAUCGGCGCUAUUGCUACUACUGUAAACCCGGUGUACACGGUAGCAGAGAUUUCAAAACAAGUCAAAGAUUGUAAACCAAAGGUUAUUGUUACAGUACCCGAAUUAUGGGAUAAGGCUAAAAGGUUUGGAUUGGAUUACGUUUUCAUGGGUACUGAGAAAAAUUCUGACUUGAUUGGUACAAGCUCGAAUUCGAAGGUUACAUGGUUAAUUGAUUUGGUCAAGGAUUCUGGGUCGGAGUCGGAUUUACUUCCUGUGGCUGAAAUUAAAUCGAGCGAUACCGCUGCUCUGUUGUAUUCUUCGGGCACGACAGGGUUAAGUAAAGGUGUAGUUUUGACCCAUAGGAAUUUUGUGGCAUCGGCUUUAAUGGUUACUGCUGAUCAAGAUCUGGCGGGGGAGAUGAACCUCUUGUUCUUGUGUGUGUUGCCUAUGUUUCAUGUUUUUGGACUUGCUGUGAUUAUGUAUGCCCGGCUGCAGAGGGGGGAUGGGAUUUUGUCGAUGGCGAAAUUCGAUUUGCAGAUGUUUUUGAGGGCUGUGGAGAAGUAUAGAGUGACACAUUUAUGGGUUGUGCCUCCCAUUGUGCUGGCACUGGCUAAGAAUAGUGCGGGGAGGAAGUACAAUGUGUCGUCGGUAAGGCAAAUCUUGUGCGGUGCAGCGCCUUUGGGGAAGGAUUCGAUGGCAGAAUGUGCGAAGAAUUUCCCUCAGGCUGUAGUUAUUCAGGGCUAUGGAAUGACAGAAACUUGUGGGAUUGUCUCAAUUGAGAAUCCAAAGUUAGGUACUCGACAUUCUGGUUCAGCAGGACUCCUUGUUCCAGGAGUGGAAAGUCAAAUAGUUGGCAUAGAUACUCUCAAGCCUCUUCCUCCUACACAUUUGGGUGAAAUAUGGGUUCGGGGAGCUAACAUGAUGCAAGGUUAUUUAAACAACCCAGAGGCCACCAAACUUACUAUAGAUGAGCAAGGAUGGGUCCACACAGGAGAUCUCGGAUAUUUUGAUGAGGAAGGACAAUUAUUUAUCACUGGCCGACUUAAAGAGCUCAUCAAGUGCAACGGCUUUCAAAUUGCACCAGCAGAGCUCGAAGGGUUGCUCGUUUCUCACCCCGAAAUACUGGAUGCAGUCGUUUUUCCGUUGCCCGAUGCUAAAGCUGGUGAGGUCCCAGUUGCAAAUGUUAUCCGCUCUCCCACCAGUUCUCUUACAGAAGAAGAUGUGAAGAAAUUCAUUGCAGACCAGGUUGCACCUUUUAAAAGAUUGCGUAGAGUUAAAUUCGUGGACAGUGUUCCUAAAAAUGCUGCAGGAAAAAUUCUCAAAAGAGUGCUCAUUGAGGAAGUUCGGUCCAAGCUAUGAAAUCCUUCAGUAUUGCCUGAAACAAAGAAUAUGGUUCAACUGUGUAUGCUGUGAUUGCUUGUUGGUUCCCAUGGUCUUUAAAAAUCCAAGUUUCACCUGUUUUGUUCAAGAUUGGUGUAUAAGGUUGUAUAACCCUCCAAUAAACUUUUACUGAAGUUUGUGACCACUUACAUUGUUAGAAUCAUUGCAUAUACUAAAUUAUAUCGUGAUCAUAUCGUAAUAUUGAGAUUGUGAUUUGAUUGUAAUUGAUUACGAUUUCAUUAUAAUUAGGAUGAUUCCCUUCCGUAGUUAGGUUCAAUACUCUUGUAUAAAUAAAAGCCUCAUUGUACGGUUUCAUUAUUGAAUUCAAUAAAUAUUUCUUCUCUCAUAUUUAACAUA